AUUCAUUUAAACUUAUUGCUAUACCCUAUUGAUCAUUUUAGUGACCCAAUACUAAGAGAAUAAUACGUACCUGGUACCUCUCAGCCACACUUACCUCAACAGCAUCCUAUGUCAUAGCUCAGCCACAGCGCCGAGCAGACGAACCACUAGUAUAUUGGGCUGGGCUGAAGGCUGCAAAUCCACUCCAAGCAACAAGAAGGUCGCUUUCCCCCCACUCCUCACCACUGAGCCAUUUCUCGCUCUAAUAUCACUCUUUCUUUACUGCUCCCUGAGACCCUCGUCCUUUAUCCCCCUAGCAUCAUCUCAAACACACCUAGAUCGCCACCGUUGUCUAUACCGAGCACUUCCGCCCAGCACCUACAGGAGAGAUUCCACCACCAGGAACACCGAGAUGAGUUUGAAGGGUUUCCAGAAGAGCAUUGUUCGCGCACCGCAGCAAUUCAAGGCGCGGUUCAAUAUUGGCGAACACACCAAGGAUCCGAUCUAUCAAGAUGCCGAGCGACGAUUUCAAGAACUUGAAAAGGAGACGAAGAAGCUUCAUGAUGAGUCCAGGAAGUAUUUUGAAGCUAUUAAUGGCAUGUUGAAUCACCAGAUCGAAUUCUCCAAAGCCAUGACAGAGUUAUACAAACCCAUCUCCGGUCGCGCCUCGGACCCGAGCACAUACACCAUUGAGGGCAACCCGGAAGGAAUUCGAGCUUGCGAGGAAUACGAAGGAAUUGUUCGCGACCUACAGGAGUCACUUGCGCCCGAGCUAGAGUUGAUCGAGACUCGCAUUGUGAGUCCGGCAAAUCAACUGCUGGAGGUGAUCAAGGUGAUUCGGAAGGUAGCGGUGAAGCGAGAUCACAAGAAGCUGGACUAUGAUCGACACCGCAACACUUUGAAGAAACUCCAGGAGAAGAAGGACAAAUCGCUGAAGGAUGAGAAGGCCCUCUACAAAGCGGAGAAUGACGUGGAGCAGGCCACGCAGGAAUUCAACUACUACAACGACCUGCUCAAAGAUGAGCUACCCAAACUCUUUGCCCUCGAAGCCGAGUUCAUCCGCCCGCUGUUUCAGUCGUUCUACUACAUGCAGCUGAAUGUCUUCUACACAUUGCAUGAUAAAAUGCAGGGCAUGAAUAUCGCCUAUUUCGAUUUAACUCUGGAUGUCGAGGAGGCAUUCGAGAAGAAGCGAGGUGACGUCAAAGAGCGGGCAGAAGCACUUACCAUCGUCCAUUUCAAGACGAAGGGCCUGGGCCGACAACCCUCCAAAUUCACACCUCCCGGCAAGGACAAGAUGGCGUACGAGAGCAAGAGCACAUUCGCCCGCACGAAUCGCACCGAGGAGACUGACAACCCCCCUCCACCCUACUCGGCCUCUGCAAGUACUGUUGCGGCCGCCAAGGCCAAGCCAGCGCCUCCGCCACCCAAGCCCAAGCCCGCCCGAUUCGGUGCGGCAGUCGAGACGGUUACAGCCUUGUAUGACUACGAAGCACAGGCGCACGGUGAUCUCAGCUUCUCUGCGGGCGACGUGAUUGAGAUUAUCCAGCGGACGGAUAACCAGAACGAAUGGUGGACCGGUAGAGUUGAUGGACGAGAAGGCCAGUUCCCAGCAAAUUAUGUUCAGUUGCGUUAG